GCCUCCCACGACCACACCUCCCAGCUGCCUUCCUUCUCGACGUUCCGCACUCGCUCGCCUGGCUCUGCGUCGCCACAGCCGCGCCGGCCAAGCAUGCCCGACGGCCAAGCGACGGGCGCUGCGCCGGCGUCGCCGGUGCCGUACCGCGCCUACGUCUCGCAUCGGCGCGCCCAAUCGUCGCUCUCCCUCGCCUCGUCGGCGGCGACGACGCCCGCGCCCUCGCCGCCGCCCACGCUCGCCCGUGCUCCUCCAAACAGUGCUGCUUCCGCUGCGCCUGCUCCUGCUCCUGCUGCGCGAUCAAAGCAGGCGCAGAGCAGCCGGGCGCCGACGUCGGCGCUGGCCGCCGCUCCGCUCGUGGCGCCGCCGGCCCUGCGGCCGAGCCCGCUGCGUGCCGACAAGCUGCCACCGCCGCCUGCGCUGCGCACCGGCUCCUCGCUGCGCGGUGCAGCAGCUCCGCCGGCGGCAGCGCAAGUGGCACGCGGCGCCGAUGAGCGGCCGCCGCCUGCGCUCCGCACGGCCUCCUCGCUGCGAGCCGCUGCGCCGGCAUCCGCGGCCAAGGGCAAGGCACGCGCCUCACAGGAGCAGCCGGCAGCACCAGACGCAGAUGCCGCAGCCGCAACGAGUGAUGCGUCUCCGUCGCAGACUGGCCGGCCGCCCGUGCAGCGCAGCGCCUCGGGCCGAGCACUCGGCACGGCAGCCAGCGGCGCGCCGCCGCCGCUCACGCCAGGCCCGAGCGAGGCAGCCAGCAGCGAGCAGACGCCGAGUCUGACCGCCGAGGCGAGCAGCUCCUCCAAGCUCCUGCCAGGGCACGGCCAAUCAGCGCGGCCAGGGCACGCGCAUUCGCAUUCGCAUUCGCACUCCACUGUUCAUGCUGCGCCAUCGCAUGCCUCGCACCCUUCGCACGCCCGCUCGUUGAGCAGCACGCCGCUGCCGCAUCACAUCUCGACGGCCGCUCGCCUGCGGGGCGCAGGCGGCCACUCGGGCGCCUCGUCGCCGCUGCCCGUCUCGCCACUCCUCUCGCCCGCACUGGCGCCCACCCUGUCGGCACAGCAAGCAGCGCAGCCUCAGCUCCCGGCGCUGCAGCCAGGCCCGUCUGCGGCCUCCCGUCAGCCGGGCUUCCAGCCUCGGGGCGUCUCACGCAGCCGCACAGACGAGUUUCUCGCGGCGCGUGAGAGCAAGGGAAAAGGCAGGGAAGAGCGCGGCCUGGAGGGCGAGCGGAUGCAGAGACGUCUGGAAAAGCUUGUCGCGAUCCACUUCUCCGGCGAUGCGCCUGCCCCAGACGCGCCAAGCACGUCGACCUUCGCAGCGUGGACAGGCUCUUGGCGAGGUGCACGGGCGGAGGAGGAGAAGCGAACGCGAGAGCGCGAGCGUGAGAUUGUGCGGUGGGAAGAGGACGGCGAGCGGCGGAGCUGUGCCGUGUGCUCCACACCUUUCAGCUUAGCAGUGCGCAAGCACCACUGUCGCCUGUGCGGCCGCGUCGUCUGUGCAUCGCCGCAUCUCGCGGCGCUCAACGGCUUCGGAGCCCCGGGCGCCCCGUCGCCAGCACAGCCGAUCAGCGCGCAAAAGUGCUCGCGCCUCGUCGUCGCGGACCCCGCGAGCGCGCUGAUGCGCGAUGCGCCUCGCACCGACCCGAGCAGGCCGGAGCGCGUGGGCGUGCGCGUCUGCCGCGACUGCAGAAGCAUUGUCAUGCGGAGGCAGUAUAUGAUGGAUGACGGGCAUGUGCCCGCGCUGGUCAAGCUGUACGAUGCCUUAUCGAGUCUGCAGCGCGAGAUCGAGACGAAUCUGCCGGAGUUCCAGGAGAUGAUCAUGGGCCUGCAGAAGCAAGAUGCUUCCGCAGCCCUCGGCACCGACGUCGACACUGCGCCUUCCCGGGCGGCGCUGCAGCUGCAGCGUGAGGCGGCACAAGCGCGCAAAGCGCUCCUGACCAACUUUGCCAACUACGACGCCCUGGCAAAGCGCAUUCGGCGGCUGCCGGUGGAGGACGCCGAAGGUGGUGCCGAUGAGGACGGGGGCGCCGCUCCGCGCGAGGGAGCGCAGGAGAGACUGCAGGAGGCCAUCUGGACGCGUGCAAACCUCUUCUUGCAGCAGAAUAUGUUUCCGCUGCAGUCGCUGCCGAAGCUCGGCGCGCAGAAGGGCAAGAGCAAGACGAACGGCACCCAUUCGCCGACGCCGAGCACCAGCUCGCUGGCCUCGCUGACGCCCGAGGAGCUGAGUCUGCUCGGCCCCAACGCCGAGGAGGAGCUCGAGGCGCUGCAGGAGCAGCUGGCGCAGCUCGAGGCCUGGGCCGCCAAGGCGCAGCAGGCACGCAAGCUCGACGACGCAAAGACGCUGCGCGCCAGCGCCGAGGAGGUGGCACGCGAGGUGCGCCGCCGACAGACGGUGCUGCGCGGUGCGGGACGCCUGAAAUGAAGCUUCAGUGCACUCUG